GGGGCAGCGGUGGGGUGUCUCGGGAACGGCCCCGGGGAGGCGGCGACGAGCUGCCUCAGGCACGUACCCGCCAAAACCCAGGCGGAGCCCGCCACGCUACGGCAGGGCCUGCGUGCCUCUGCCGGGGACAGCGCGCAUCGGGAUAUGAAUUACUCUCGGUUCAUCACCAAUGUGAGUGCAGCAAGAAAAGCAUCUCCAAUAAGACUUCUGACUGAAUUGAUGCAGAAGUCUCCUCCAUCUCUCAUCUCUCUGGCUGGAGGAGCACCAAACCCUAACGUUUUUCCAUUUAAGAGGGCUACUGUUGCCAUUGGACAUGGAACUGCAGUUGACAUUGGGGAAGAUCUGAUGAAGAGAGCUCUCCAGUACUCAGCCUCAGCAGGGAUUCCAGAGCUGUUGUCUUGGCUGAAGGAUUUCCAGCGGAAUCUACAUAAUCCCCCCACAGCUAACUACAGUCCCGAGCAAGGACAAAUGGAAGUGUGUGUCACAACUGGCAGCCAGGAAGGCUUGUGUAAAGUGUUCGAAAUGCUCAUUAAUCCUGGGGACAACAUCCUUUUGGAUGCACCUACAUACUCUGGUACACUAGCAGCUCUGAGACCUUUGGGUUGUAACAUAAUUAAUGUUCCUAGUGACCAACAUGGCAUUAUUCCAAAAGCUCUAAAAGAAAUUCUGUCUACAUGGAGCUCAGAAGAUGUAAAAAAUCAUAGCCACCAUCUCCCCAAAUUCCUGUACACAAUCCCAAAUGGGUGCAACCCAACUGGAAACUCUCUGACCACAGAGCGCAAGGAGGAGAUUUACCAGCUUGCAAGAAAAUAUGAUUUUCUCAUCAUAGAAGAUGAUCCUUACUACUUUCUUCAGUUUGAAAAGCCAUGGGCUCCAACUUUCCUCUCAAUGGAUGUGGAUGGCAGAGUUAUCAGGACUGACUCUUUCUCUAAAAUUCUCUCAUCUGGGUUAAGAAUAGGCUUUCUAACAGGUCCGAAGCCUCUUAUCGACAGAGUUAUUCUCCACAUUCAGGUUUCAACAAUGCACACCAGCACUUUCACACAGAUUAUGAUAUCACAGCUGCUUCAGCAAUGGGGAGAAAAGGGUUUCUUGGAGCAUAUAGACAGAGUGGUGGAGUUUUACAGGACCCAGCGGGAUGCAAUGCUCAUUGCUGCUGACAAGUGGUUAAAAGACUUGGCAGAGUGGUACCCUCCUGCUGCUGGCAUGUUCUUAUGGAUCAAAAUUAAGGGUGUUUCUGAUACACAGCAGCUGAUCAUGGAGAAAGCUUUGCAGAAAGAAGUGUUACUGGUUCCUGGAGGAGCAUUCAAUAUAAAUAGUUCAGAGCCUAGUUCUUAUGUCAGAGCCUCCUUCUCUCUGUCUUCUCCAGCCCAGAUGGAUCUGGCCUUCAAGAGACUUGCUGACCUUAUAAAAGAAGCUUUGUGAAACAGCUAAGUAGAGCUCUUGCAGCAAUCAAAAUCAUCUCCAGAAAAUAUGUAUUAACAUUUGGAUUUUAUCAGAGCACUUUAAAAGCAAGCACAAUAGAGUGGGUGUUUCCUUAGAUCAUUUCAGCUGAAAAAGCAAAAAACGAAAGAGUGAAAAACAAUUUGCUUAAUUUUUUUGACAGGACGUUGCAUUACUAAUUUUAUUUCAAUUCAGAAAUAUUUCAAAUACUCAAAACCAAAGUGUCCUGUUUCCUGUCAAAUCCAUGGUUUUGUUAGAUUUGAAUUGAGUUUCGUUCGGGCUUUUGUUUUCCCGGGGAAAUCAGUUACUUAGGAAGCUGCACAUGAGGUGGUCUUAGCGACUGUUACUUAAUCCCGACUGAUACAUUCCUCCAACAUCUUGUGUUGGAAUUGGUUUUGUGUCAUUUUCCUUCUGUCCCACUGUAUGGCAUCUGGUUUUGAAGAUGGGUAUUUAAUUUUAAUAAAGUUCCGUCAGAUGAAACUGAUGUAAGCAUGUUAAAAAAUAGAACCUGUUCCAGCAAAAUGAGGCUAUGGUUGCAAAUAAAACUAUUUGGCCUGAGGUCCCUUGCA